ACUCUCGUCUUUCCCAAUCCGGGAGGACAGCAGGAUGGAGGACAGGGUGUGGACCCCCAUGUGCCUUCUUGUCAUUUUGUCCUUGGGAUGGACUGAUGCUCAGACUAAUGACACUAACGCAAGGCCAGUCUUCCACUGUGGAGGCCACCUGGUCAUAGACUCCGGCAUCGUGGCCAGUGAAGGUUUUCCCAGCUUGUACAAACCCAACAGCAAAUGCACCUGGUACAUCACUGUCCCCGAGGAUCAUGUGGUCAUGCUGUCUUUCCGCCUCUUUGACUUAGAGGCUGACCCCAUCUGCCGCUAUGACUACCUGGACGUCUACAACGGUCACUCUCGCCUAGUGCAGAAGUUAGGUCGAUUCUGCGGGACCUUCAGGCCCGGUGCCCUCAUCUCCACCUCCAACACCAUGAUGCUGGAGAUGGUGACGGAUGAAGCCACUGGUGGAAGAGGAUUUCUGGCUUCUUUCAAUGCAGGGAAGCCACAUAUGGAAGAGAACCAGUUCUGUGGAGGACGACUGACCAAAUCACAGGGCUCCGUAAAGACGCCCAACUGGCCCAACUCCAAUUACCCAGCAGGCAUCAGCUGCUCGUGGCACAUCUCCGUAGAGCCGAGCAAUGUGAUUGAGGUACAGUUUGAGAAACUGGAUCUGGAGCCUGACAUGUAUUGUCGUUAUGACUAUGUGGCCUUAUUUAAUGGGGGAGAAACGGAUGACUCGAGGAGGAUAGGGAAAUUCUGCGGAGACAAGCCACCAGGCACUAUAGUGACAAAUGGGAACGAGCUGCUUCUCCAGUUUGUGUCUGACCUCAGCGUGACCUCAGAUGGAUUCAUGGCCCACUACUCCAGCGUGCCUCGUGGGUCCCGCACACCCACUGCAGGAGGAGACUUUAUCCACAGACCUCAGAUAACCUCCACGACAAAAAUACCCACCAAACCAACCCCCAAACCACCCAAACCACCCAAAAGGCAACCAGGAAGGCCACCGCUAGUAAAGAAACCUCCACUAAACAGACCCACUACUACUAACAUCAAACCCACAUCUAAACCUAAACCUACAACUAAGCCUAAACCUAAACCUGAAAUUAAACCAACACUAAAGCCUAAACCUAAACCUGGAGUUAAACCUACACCAAAGCCCAAACCUACACCUAAACCCAAGGUCAUUAAACCAACUCUUAAACCAAGAGUCAAGGUUAAACCCACACCUAAGCCCAGUAUAAAACCCAAAGUGAAACCAGUGAAGCCAACCACUAAGGCAGGAGUUAAACCAACAGUCAAACCUAAGAUGAAACCCACAGCAUCAUCUCAACCAGGAGUAACCAAAGCAGUGACCAAGAAACCCGAUGUGAGCAAGAAACCUUUACCACUGAACCCACUGUGUACACAACCCUGUAAGCGGACUGGAACCCUCCAAACCAGCUUCUGCCCUCAUGACUUUGUGAUUACGGGUAAGGUUACGUUUAUAGAUCCUGGUCCAAGGGGCUCAGCAACCAUCGAGGUGUCACUGAUCAAGGCGUAUAAGACAGGAAGCCUCACCGUCACCAAAUCAGGACCCGCCAAAACAGUCACACUGACUUCUACCUGCAAGAAAUGCCCAGGGCUAAUCAAAGGCCGUAACUACGUGUUGAUGGGAAAAGUGGACACAGAGGGCAAUGGCCAUUUGAGCCCCUCCAGCUUCACCCUCCUCUUUAAGCCCGUUCAUUCAAAAGCACUGGAUGUCCUUUCUCGCAAAUCAUGCUGACAUCGUGGCCUAAACCACCAAUCAAACUGACAGCCUUGACUCUUUAGAAAAUGUAACAUUGCAUAAAGAGUGAAAAUAUUAUAAACAAUAUCCUGCAGAAUUUUUUUCAUAUUACAAUAUGGUUGUGAGAAGGAGUUACAUUUUAAACAUACGAUAUUAACAUAUUACUUUUGUAUUUUCUAUGUAAAUUAUAAAGUUUCUGUGUUAAAAGAUACAUAAUAAACACAGUU